AUGACGGGCGAGCGCGAGGGGGCGGCGCCCAACGCGAGCGACGCCCACGGCCCGCCGCUCUACCCGCGCUUCGACUCCAACACGCUGGGCGUGGUGGCCGCCUACUCGGCGCUCUUCGCCGUCGCCGCCGUCGGCAACGUGACCGUGUUCGCGUCGCUGCUGCGGGGCCGCCGCCGCCGGUCGCGCGUCGGCCUCAUGAUGGCGCACCUCGCCGCCGCCGACCUCAUCAUCACGUUCGUCAUGAUGCCCUUGGAGGUGGGCUGGCGCCUCACCACGCAGUGGGUCGCCGGCAACGCCGCCUGCAAGCUGUUCCUGUUCCUGCGCGCCUUCGGCCUCUACCUGUCGUCCAACGUGCUGGUGUGCGUGUCGCUGGACCGCUACUUCGCCAUCCUGCACCCGCUCAAGGUCAGCGACGCGCGCCGCCGCGGCAAGCUCAUGCUGGCCGCCGCCUGGGCCGUGUCGCUGCUCUGCUCCGCGCCGCAGAGCGUGGUGUUCCACGUGUCUGCCCACCCGGACUUCCCGGAGUUCAGGCAGUGCGUGACCUUCGGCUUCUUCUCGUCCGCCGCGGAGGAGAUCGCCUACAACCUGUUCUGCGUGGCGGCGAUGUACUUCGUGCCGCUGGUGGUCAUCUGCGUCGCCUACUCCCGCAUCCUCUGCGAGAUCACGAGGAAGAGCCACGACUCUAGAGUCGAGAGCUCGAACAGCAGCCAGGACCGCUUCAAAGACGGCCGCCUGCGCCUGCGCAGAAGUGACGUCACCAGCAUGGAGCGCGCCAAAGCACGCACUCUCCGCAUGACGAUCACGAUCGUGGCCGCGUUCAUCUGGUGCUGGACUCCGUACGUCGUGAUGACCCUGUGGUACACGUUCGACCGAGAAAGCGCACAGCAAGUUGACACGAAUCUACAGGAUGCCCUGUUCAUCAUGGCUGUUUCCAACUCGUGCAUGAAUCCUUUGGUUUAUGGUUCAUAUGCAAUCAACUUCAGGCGGGAAUGCGGCCACUGUUUCCGAUGCAUUUUGCGGUCACAGAAAGAAAAUGCAGUGACGAUGCAAAAAGAGAUCCGUCAACGACAGCUCUCGUCCCCGGCGCUCCAAGUACGCUCGGGCGCGCAGCAGCCGCGCGUGAACUACGGCGGGUGCUUCUGCCCGGCGCGGGACGACCCGCAGAGGUCGGAGAGCAGCAGCUGCGGUCACGUGACCUUCCACAGCGACCCGCCGCCCGGCCGCCAGCUGAUCCCUUGUGGCGCCCUCAGGGCUUCCAGCAGCGUCGACCAGGCGCGCUGGUUCGCCCGCUCGCCGUGA